UUCAUUUUUUCUUCUUUCUUACAUAACAUUCAUCUUGUCCAGAGCCGACAUAGCUUUCUGCAGACAAAGAUUGUUUAUUACAAGUCACAAAGUUGAAAGUGGUGAAGCAAACAUGACAAUGAAUCCAAGAGAGAGAGAUUUGGGAGGAAAGGAAGAGGAGGGAGAAUACACCAAAUUCCCCAAAAUGACCUCCUCAUCCCCAUCACCAAGGCAGUGGUCAUCAACCUUGAAGAACCCUAGAAUCGUGCGAGUAGCACCCGGCUUCGGAGGCAAGGACAGGCACAGCAAGGUGUGCACAGUGAAAGGGUUGAGAGACAGGAGGAUUAGGCUCUCAGUCCCUACUGCAAUACAGCUCUAUGAUCUUCAAGAACGGCUCGGCCUCAGCCAGCCUAGCAAGGUCAUUGAUUGGUUGAUCGAUGCGACAAAAUUAGACAUUGAUAAACUCCCUCCUCUCCCAACCAUUCCCACAAACUUCCUCCAAUUUCACCAGCCACCAUCAAUAUUGCCUAAUCAUCAUGAUCAUCAGCCUUAUGCUUCUGAGUUUCUCUCUCCAAAUCUGUUCAGGGAGAGAGAGAGGUGGAGUGAUGAUCAAGAGGGUUUUGGUGGAUUUGUGGCACAGAACUUCUUCCCACUAAACAGUACUCAAUUUGCAAACCCUAACUACUUCCAAUUGGAGCCUCCAGAUUUGUCAUUGUCUCAAUUUGGGGGAUUAGGGUUUGGCUUCUCGAACCGUCAUCAUCAUGAAGACAACUCCAACUGCAGCCUCUCUUCGUCGUCUCAAGCUUCGAGCUCUCAGAUUUACAUGUCUCCAUCUGCUGCGCAUUUUCAGCCCUACUUCGCAGCAACUUCUUUGGAGAAUGAUCAGUUUAGGGAUUUGCAGUUGCAGAAUUCAUCAAUGAGAUCUUUCAGUUUGAAUGCAUCCCUUCAUUCAAGCGAGAAUGAUAGAGACAAUGAGACUUAGUUCAUAUCACAUAUAGCUAUGUUAUAACGUUAAUUUCGUCGAAGAAGUGAGGUGCUGAUCACAUUGGUGCAUUGGUAAGUGAGUCUACUUAUAUAUAGUUUGUUUCUAUAGUUUUAAUUCUUGUGAGAAACAUAUAUCAUACUACUAUUUAGUAAUAUUGUUAAACUAGUAAUAUUGCACUCUAUAUUGCUUCUUUUGUAUUGAUUUAUACUCAUAACUUAAUUAAUUUCCUUUA